AUGGGAUCCAGCGCCAAACGAAAGAAGGAGAAGCAGAAGGACUUCCAGAAACCCAAGCUCAAGGUCGGCAAGGCCAAGGCCAAGCCGGAGAACUUCACAGACACCAGCUUCCGAGCCAAGGCAAUCACGCUCAACCAGCAAUCGCUCCAUGUCGCCGCACCUACCUCUAACAGCCAAUUCUCACACUUCCUCUCCCUCCUCUCAUCUAAAUCCGACACACAGCGCCGCGACUCCCUCGCCCACCUGACCACCGCAAUCGCAUCGCGACCAGUAAACCAGCCUCUUCCACAGCCUGUGAGCGUAAUGCUCCCGAACCUUCUCCCGCUCAUCCUCGACUCAAGCAACAACGUGCGCACCCAGCUCCUCAAGUUUCUUCGUACCUUGCCGCACAAUGAUGUACAGGAUCAUGUCGGGCAGCUUCUCCCAUACGUGCGCGCCGGCAUGACACAUCUUGCCGCAGAUAUUCGCGUCUCUGCCGUCGAGAUCUUGUCUUGGAUGGUCGAGGCAGCGGGCGAAAAUGUGGUAGCCAGUGCCGGCGGAUGGGUCAAGACCAUGAACUGCUUCUUGUCCGUAUUGGGAUGGCAUACCGAGGAGUCAUCACGGUGGUCAUCGAACCGGGCUUCGUUCGGCAAAUCCGGUAGCAAGGGUAAGCCCAUGAUCAAGGUACUGGGCGCCCUAGCAGAGUUCUUGGAUGCAGGCAUUGGACCGCCCAGUGGCUCCAGUGGCUCAUCCGAUCCGGAGCUUUCCUCGACCUGGGCUUUCCCUCUUUGCCAGACGGCUCACCACAUGAGCACGGAGUCAACGGCCCCGUACGCCUAUCUGAACUUGUUCGGACAGCCGCGCGACGAGGAAGGGGAGAUGUACGAGACCCGCGAGGAUCGGUACCGAGUGUUUCAGAAUCGCUUCUUGUCGGCUCUUGAUCGAGGAUUGAAGAGUGCGAGGGAAGAGGGCGGCGAGCUGGGUCGUGCAUCGUCCGGCGUAAACAAGGUGCUCAAAGAGGCCGUUGCUUAUGGCCCGGGGCCGUGA